GAUAGUUAUUGUGUGAAUACAUACGCGAAACACCCGUUCAGAGUGUGUCACCACAAUAGACACCAUCACAGCACCGGUAGUCUCAGUGUCACCACAAUAGACACCAUCCGCAGCACCGGUAGUCUCAGUAUCCAUGCAAUAGUAUCGGUUUGGAUUAAGUCUUCAAUGGAUUGCAAAAAAGUCUAUCCGAAAGACUCUUUGGACCGAUUGGGCGAUGAUUUGUGUCAACACUUAUUGUCUUUCCUAUCACUCGAAGACCGGUUCCGAUGUGAAUGUGUGUCCAAACAGUGGCAGAGAGUCGUAUACGAGACACAAACAGAGCUCACAAUUGAUCCUCAAUUGAUGGGAAGCACUAUAAGUGAGGAAUCGUUUGAAACAUUACUACAAAAGUGCGAAAACAUCACAAGAAUUGAAUUCUUGUGUUUCAAUGAUCUGAACGACACUAUCAUCGACUCCAUCGCCAAACACUGUCACCAUUUGAAUGCCAUUUAUAUUGAAAACAAUUUUGGUUUAAAUGACUCGAGAAUUGAGAGACUAUUCAAACGGUUUGCCAAACAAUUGAAAUCAAUUGAAUGCCAAGACAUGGGACCAAACAGUGGUGACCACAACUGUAUCGCCGAUAACAUCAAGUUUUGCACACAUUUGACACGACUUGGGAACAGUUUUUACAAUAAUAUGCGUUUAUAUCGUGUGGUAACCGGCGAUGAAACUGAUGUGUUGUUUAAGAGAUUAACAUCUUUUCAGUUCACGUACUCUAAUGAAGACGUCAAGUGUUUUGACGUAUUUGUGAAUCGCUAUCAAAAUCAGAUGAAAUCCAUGGAUGUGUUCAUCGAUGAGACGUCCGAAGACUUACUCCAGAAAUCCGUUGAUAUACUGAUGAGUGGUUUGUCGCGAAUGCGGGCAUUAAUUGAUCUGAAGAUUCAUUGCUCUGAGAAGACAUUAAGCGAUAUAAUAGCGGAUCAGUUGAGACACAUUGGCGCCAAUUGUGGUCAACUGAGGCGGCUGUCCAUCGAUGUCUAUAUGAGAGGUCACGACUCGCGCCACAUAUCCGACCAAACAUUGUGGCGAUUAAUGCAAACAAUUAAUGAUAACUUUCACGGAUUAAGACGUUUGCGAUUCUCUGAUCCCAUACCCAAGCCUUUGACAAUUAAUGUUAAUGAUUUGAUGCAAACCAUAGAUAAACUUAAGUUAAUGGUAUGUCUGGAAAGAGUCGGCGAUAGAAACCGAUUGAUAGGCUUUUCGUGUAGUAAUCAAUACGUUAUCACCAGAAAUAUUACAUUCAAACUAAUGAUGUUUUAU